GCGACCGCCGGCAGCGACGCCCGGGGAAGCCCGCGCCCCGCCUGCGCCCCGGAGUGGGAGCUGCCCCGCGGCGCGCCCCUCCCCAAGGCCGCAGGGGAACCUCGGAGCCACCCGAUCGGCCGGCGGGGCACCCAGAACCGAGCGGCGGCGGCUGGAGCGCGGGGGCGCGGCCCGAGAGAACCGAGCCUGGGCGUGAGCAUCCUGCCGCGGCGGCGCCCGAAAAGCGAUCCCGCCGAGACAAAGCUGCGUGCGCGCCGAGGCGCGAUGCCCGCGGACAGCGAGCCCGGCCGGCGAGACUGAGCGCGCCGAGCCGGGCCCCUCCGGGGUCACCGCGGCCGAGCUCCGGAGCGCGCGGAGCGCCGAGCGCGCGCGUGUGCCGGCGCGGCCCAGGUGCACCGGGCUCGGACGCGGCCGCCCCUGCUUGGCAGGGCGUGGGGCGGCGGGGGUGCGCGGCGCCCUCCCGCCUGCAGCCGCAGUGGCCAGCGCCGCAGCGAGGAGCCAUGGGCAACAUCUCCUCCAACAUCUCGGCCUUCCAGUCGCUGCACAUCGUCAUGCUGGGCUUAGACUCGGCCGGCAAGACCACGGUGCUGUACCGGCUCAAGUUCAACGAGUUUGUGAACACGGUGCCCACCAUCGGCUUCAACACCGAGAAGAUCAAGCUGAGCAACGGCACGGCCAAGGGCAUCAGCUGCCACUUCUGGGACGUGGGCGGCCAGGAGAAGCUGCGGCCGCUGUGGAAGUCCUACAGCCGCUGCACGGACGGCAUCAUCUACGUGGUGGACUCGGUGGACGUGGACCGGCUGGAGGAAGCCAAGACAGAGCUGCACAAGGUGACCAAGUUCGCGGAGAACCAGGGCACGCCGCUGCUGGUCAUCGCCAACAAGCAGGACCUGCCCAAGUCGCUGCCGGUGGCUGAGAUCGAGAAGCAGCUGGCGCUGCACGAGCUCAUCCCGGCCACCACCUACCACGUGCAGCCGGCCUGCGCCAUCAUCGGCGAGGGCCUCACCGAGGGCAUGGACAAGCUGUACGAGAUGAUCCUCAAACGCAGGAAGUCCCUGAAGCAGAAGAAGAAGCGGUAACGCGCCCGGCGCCCCGGGGUCCCGGAAUGCAUGGGCUGGGGUGCCUGGGUGCAGGGGGCGGAGGAGGACUCGAGCCCGCGGACAAAGACAGCGAACCAAAGCGACGCCUCAGGCCCCUGUCCGCGUCGGCGCCCGGCUGCGGGGCUGCUGCGGACUUAGGCCGGGCGUGAGGGCUGACCUGCCGCUACCCCUCCCCACCCGGCGCAGGGGACCUUUUGUCUGAACGCCUUCCAGGGCUGCGGAUGGGGUGGGAGCGGGGGAGUUGGGGUGGGGGGGGGACUCUGCUGCGCACCCGCCCGGGUGGCAGGUUCCCGUGUCACGGAGACAAAGCGAUUUUUUUUUCCCACUCCUGAGAGGGCUGCCCCGCCCCCACUGCGGGGAUGGCACCUGUGAGCCACCUGAGGUAUGCAGCUCCAGUCCCCACCCUCCGCCCUCCCCCGACCCUGGGGGCACCCAUCUGGGAGCAGGUUGGCAGUAGCUGCAGUGGGGAGGACUCCUUGGGGGACGCCCAGCCCUUGGCCUUCAGGGGCUGUGGAAGCUGAGUCAUUUUAUGUCACAGGGCAGGUCCCUGUUGGCAAUUUCGUUUGUCCUGCUCUGGGUUCCGAGGCGGUGACAGGGUGGGAUGGAGGGUGGGUGGGGCCGGCGGAGGACUUCCUGGGACAAUGCAACCACUCCAGGCCCCCCACCCCGGCGCCGGGCUGGCCCGGCCAGGGCUGGGCUCGGGCAAUGGAGAAGGCCCCCUGUCCUCGCUGCUUUGUGGUGGGUACAGAGGCCAGAAGGGGACAAACUGCAUUUCAACGUGGCAUCGGACAUCUUCCGGAUGCUUUGGACCCUGUCAGUAUGAGGUCGUUAUCCCACAAAACAGACCAAUAAAAAUUAAUGAAAAAAAAAAAAUCAAAGAAACCCACAAGCUGUUGAAGGUGGUGGCGAAUGAUGCUGUGACGUGUGCCUGACAGGUAAAGGUGGUUCAGGGUGAGGCUGUCGGCGCGUGCUGGAUGGGGGUGUGUGUGUGGCUGGCUGCAGGGACCUCCCUGCACUGUGUGAUGGGCGGAAAUAGCCAGAUCCACGCGUGUGGAAUUUCAGAUUCUCUGAGCCUACUGCCCGGUGUGGACUGGCCCUCCAGCUGGAAAUGUGUGCUGAAUGGCAAAAUGCGAUUUUGGUUUUUGCUUUUUCUUGCUGUUGUAAUCCCAACCGCGUGAUGAUGGGUUUUCAGACAUGUUGAAGGAAACAAGAAGAAAGGAAAAAAAAAAAGCCUUUAGCCUUCACAAGUAUUCCGCGCCCUAGAACCUUAGCGAAAAAAGGAAAGGGGUAAAAAAAGAGUCAGCUGCUGUGCCCACUUCCAAGCCUUGACGCUGCAAGCGGCAACACGUCCUGAUAUCUGAUUUGGUUCCCUAUGGUUGCUCUCUGGCUUCAGGGUCUUAUUCAGAGUUGCCUCGUUGGAGCAUUUGACGUCAUGCACCCCUCCCCAAAUAUAGAACCGCCACCUUGUCACAAAAUCCUUGCCCAGACUCGAAGAGGAAGCGCAGGGAUGAAGCCGCUGGGGGCUGGUCUUGGGGGAACUGGCUUUGCGGCUAGAGGGGCCAAAGAAGACCACCUAGAGGGCCGGAGAUAAAGGAAGGAAGUACCGGACUGACAUGGUGGCCACUGCUCGCCCGUGCUAGGUGUACCUGAGGGAGGCUUUGGAAAAUAAAUCAGUGAGGGUGAGCAACUUAUCUUUAAUAAUGCCAUAAAAAUCCAAUCUUGUCCCAGCUGAACUGAGUUGUGGUUGUAGAAGCUGUCAUUCCCUUCCAAGCCCAGAAUGGAAGGGGACGUUGGCUUCUCGCUGAAUCUGUAUUUUCUGGUGGAAUCAUGGUACCCCACUCCUUUCUCACCCCCAGAACCCCUUCAGGGGGACAGGCUUCUCUAGAAAGAAAGCCGGUAGAAAUGGACUUGCUGCCUGUGUGGGGGUCCAUGCCCAUUGUCCAAUCCGCCCUGCCUUUCAGAACCAGCAGCAGAAGCUUCCUGCUGGCCCCCAGGUCCUACGGGAAAUGUACUGUCAGCAGACGCCUAGCAGCCCGCCCUUUUCUUUCAGUGUAUCUGAGACCCCUCCAGUGCCAAUCUUUUUUCGGGGGCCAGGCAGAAACCCAAUGAAGAAAAACAGGAACAAACCAAUGUUGCAAAGCUUGCGGGAUUUAUGUUUAAGUACUGACAGCACACUCGCCGAUUUCCACGUGGGCUGGUCCCAUCGUCUAAAGAUUUAGAAUUACUAAAAAGAAAAAAAAAAAUCCAUCUUCCUUUAUUUUCUUCACCUACAGCAAUUUCUUAAGCACUUUGACAUUUUGGUAGUUCCACACUACGGAGAGAAUAAUAUAUUUAUUUUGUGACAUUGCAGAUGCCAAAUACUGUAUCCUGCUCGUGCCCACGGUCCCUCAGUUUGAGAUCACUGCUCAGGUCCCGUCAUGCUUUACAAAUGACGCGAGAUGAUCUGGGGUUUGGUUUGGGGGAUUUUUUUGUUUUUUGCCUUUGCGUUAUCAGUAGCAGUAAAAGGAUCCCAUCAAGUGUCAGUCCUUCCUUGUACGGUCAAGUGAAGCCCUGUGAUGUUCCAAUGACUCGUUCACAGCCUCAGUUUCUUUCUGUGGCGUUUGACCCAAAGCCCGUGUUGGCUCCGACCUAACAGGACGAUGUAGUCAGACUCAGAGUAGUGACCCCAGGGGUGGGCCUGCCCCAUCAGCGAUGGACGCCGCCCUUGCCCUGGGCAAGACAAGUGGGCUUCCGCCGGAGGAAGUUGGCAUCCUCCGUGGAGCGUUGGAGAUACUUUCGCCAGACACAGGGAAGCUGGUUUUGUUGCAGAAUGACUCUCUUCCCAGAUUUCUCUGUUGCAGUGUGGGGCCCGGGUCCCUGGCUUUCAUUUUUUCGUUUUGUUUUUUUCCCGUUUCGACAACUGUGAUUCUCUGUCCUGCGCAUCCCUCUCUUUGUCCUUAGAUCCUUUUAUAAUUGCAUAUAUGAUGCUGUGAACAGAAAUAAAUUAUUUAUACACUCAAA